CCCAAAGUCUGUUUACUCUCUGGGAAAAACUUGACACUGAAACGUUGGAUUUAUCGGUUACAGAUUGGCGAUUGAAAGUCGGAGGGUUGUCGCGCUUUUUCAAAUUGGCAAGAUGAGUAGGAAUAUAUAUUACUCCGAAAAAUACUACGAUGACAUCUAUGAAUACAGACACGUCCACCUACCGAAAGAUUUGGCGAAACAGGUACCUAAAAAUCACCUUAUGUCCGAAUUGGAGUGGCGAAAGUUGGGAAUUCAACAGUCAGCUGGUUGGGUGCAUUAUAUGAUCCAUGAACCAGAACCACAUAUCAUUCUGUUCCGACGUUCACGCACUGAUAUACAACAACCAACAUCAUCUGCUGCCAAUAAGACAGAAUCUGGCCAAGUCCCUAUGCAUGCAUAACUGUUAACUUUAGCAAACAAACUGCGUGUUAAGUUCUUCUUUGUUGGAAAUCGUUAAAUAAUAUGUCACUGAAUCACUGCUUAUGUAUAUACACUACUUUCUAUAGAUGUUUAUAUUACUAGGUACGUAUGUACCUAUAUUCACUUUGACGCAUAAGUGACUUUGUUUUCAAUUGUCAUGUGGUGAUUAUAGGUCUAACGGUUGUUGAGCUACUUGCGAACUGAGCAUGACGUUAUAAGGUACUAUGGUGUGAUUCUGGUAGUCCAUUCACUUUCAUCUUGAUCUUCUUGCAAAUGUUUCUUUGUGCAACUAGUCCUGUAGCUUCAUUCAUUAAUUAUCGUCUCUAACAUUGUACUGAGUAAGCUAAUGCACGAUACUUUCUUACUGUUUACAACAGUGAACCUUAAGGAACUUACACAGCCACAUCAAUAAACAGGAUCCUUCGAUUCUAAGUAGUACAACGUUAUAAAUGUAUUAUUAGAAUGUAUUACUCUAUGCUUGUAAAACCCACACAAAAGAAACCAAGUGUCUUAAACUAGAAUAAUUUCGUAGAUGCUCGAAAAACUGGGAUAUACACAAAUUGACCUAAAUUAGUUGGUGUGUUAUGAAAAUUUACCUCCUACACUUAGGAUAAUUUUCGGUAAAUAAGUUACUAAGCUCCGAUUCCCACGUCAAAUUAUGGAAUCCGGAGUAACCUUUUUUGUACAUGAUCGCUGUUACGGAAGGUUUAUAAUUUCUGUGCAGGUUUUCGUUUGAUCAUACCUCAUUCAAGUAUUUGUAGUAGAUUCAAACGACUUCGGGUGAAAUACACUCCUAACUUGAUUAAAAUCUAAGGUGGACGUAAUCCACUGUGGUGACCCGGGCAACGGCUCACUGUAGAUAUUCACAAUCUUAGCGCUUUAUCUAUACACAGAUCAGAGCUUCUAAAGAAUUUCAUAGCUUCAGGAAAUGUUAGAGAUAUGUUAACAGGUUUCCUAUCUAUCGAUGAAGCUGAAUAAUAUCAAUUACUGUAGUUUGCAGGGAGGUUUGUUUUGUAGUCGCCAUAUUUAGUUCAACAGGUGAAAUUAAACGUAAGAAAUUGACGGAAUUAAGUCGGUCCUGACAGCUAUUAAAAGUGCUCUGGUAACUCAAGGAAAUUAGCGCAUUAAUAGCAUUAGACGUUUCUCUCGGAUGCAAUCUAAUGUUUCUGAGAGUAUGACUAGUUUAGAGAUGUAUGUAGUUGUUAAAUAACUGAAAACUAUGAGAUGCUCGAGAUAUUUCAUUCUUAAAUAUGAUUUUCUCACUAGAGCAAAUGAGUAUUCACUUGCAUUAAAUGGGGUUCGUAUUGUGUUUAGUUAGAUGCAGCUCAGAAUUCUUGACGAUUUACUCCAGCUCGGUGAUUCCACAGUAAUUUCUCUAUUAUGGUCGUUUUAGGGAUUGAGACAUCUAUUCAGAGCCUAGUGAUGCUAUCAAACUAUUAAAACCUAAGCGCUUAGUAAGUGGAUCUAAGAAGACUUAUUUCAAACCACUGGAUAGAGAUAUCAGAGGGAAAACCGAUAGCUCCUAAAUGAGACUUUACUCUUUGGUUUUAUGGAGUUUUAGAUAGUUUUCCUCAUCCAGAAUGUUACAUUUAAUUUGUGUGUGACUGUACUUAGUUCUUGAGGUAAUCGGUUUUUCUCGGUUGAGGACCUAGAAUUUUGGAACACAAAUAAUAUUUGAUGGCCUGCACCAUGAGUACCACUUAAUGUGAACUGAAAAAAAAAAUUAAGAAAGUAAUUUAAUCUCAACAACGUCCUUGGUUCUCUUCGUGAUUUAGAGAUAGCCACGAAAAAGAAAUAGUGAAGAACGUCUUAGCGCAUGCAAAUUUGUGUUGGUUUAAGCCACCAUCAUCCUUCACAUUCGAAAAGGAAUCAACAUAAUCAAUGUUUCCUUACUUAGAAAGGGUAUAAGUUUGUAGGAGAUGGUUAUGUAAAAAAUGAUAUUUCUCAAAAUUGAAACGAAUUUGGUUCGUAUCACAUAGGGUUUCCAGUUAUAAAUUACCAAUAUUUUGAACUUUAUUCACGGAAACUACCUAGCCGAAAUCAAUUUAUCUGUUAAUAAACUAGUGUUACUAGUCAAUAUUACUUGCAUCUAACAGUCCAACACUUCGCAAGAACUAUACAUGUGCAUUUUCCUAGUUAGUAUACCAGUAACUAUUCCCGGUUCUUGUUGUUUAUCCCACUGAACAGGACUUCCGCAUGUCAUGUUGUGAAAGUUGGAUCUAGCAGCACUUUGGACCAUAUGCAUUUUAAACAAGCUACCCGGAAACCAGCCGAUAAUCUGUUCCCUCUAGUAAGGCAAAGAGCAAAUAGAGUUAUCCUAAAUCCAUUGCGAAAUCUGGAUAUUUUCCAGUUGUAUUUAUGAGUAAAAACAUACUCUUAAUUUUAAAAUAUCACAGAAAUUUGGGAAAUAUGUAGUCAUUCAUGGCGUUGUAGUUUUCUGUGAAGUGUCCGUUCCAAUCCAUGUCUCCUGAGUCGAGUUUUAUACAUACAAAAAGAUUUCAAACAUUAAUACAUUGAUCGGUCAUGGAGCAGUAACCAGUGUUAUUUGUUUUCAGUGUUCGUGAAGUUCUCUCGAUGACUUUGCAGCUUGUCAUCGUAUAUAUCUUAAUCUUACGUGAGGUCAGUCACAACCCGAAUAGCUUAAUGGUUAUAUCUUCGUAGCAAUUGUUCCCCUGGAAAUACAGGACGUUGUUCUCAGGUUUCCUGCUAAUAGCCUACGACUGCCUGGUGUCUUUGAAAUACGUUGGCUUCGCAGGAUUGUUUAUGAGGAAGCUUAUAUUUUGCUGUACAUAAUCCGGUAAACCCUUUUUUCAACUAAAAUCAUGAAGGCCCUGCACGCGGAAGUUGUUGAUUAGGACUAUAUUUUGGAAAUACAUGGGUGCUACGGAUGCUCGUACAAAGUUACUUUGUAAUAGACAGGUGUUAAAAAGUGGCAAAUUUAGAUUCGUCGGUUGCAGUAGUUUAGCCUUACGAUGUUUGUACUCUAAGUUAUUGAUAUACCAAAUAUCGGGUGCUGCUCUGUUCGACGUAAUCAUAUUCGACUAUUGAUCAGUGUAAAUAAAAUGCAUGAAAUCCAAUUCAUUCGGAUAUAAUGUCUAAUUUAUUUUUGGUGCAUGAUAUUUAUUUUUUGUCUCUGUCUUCUCAUUUGCAAUGAGUAAUACAAAUCAUUGUU